AUUCAAGAAGAGAUCGAGUUGGACCCGGAGGGGCGCGAGGUUCGGCGGUUGCGGCUUCUCGGUGCUAGCGAGCAGUUUGUUUCGCGCAAAGGCGUCGGCGCCGGGUCGUCGGACUCGAGGCUGAGCGAGAGCGAGGAGGAGAUCGUGUAUUCGGCGCAUGUGCGGGCGAGGCGCGAUCGGAUCGCGCGCGAAGACGCGGAGGAGGCCGCGUUCAGGAGAGCCUCCCCGCGUUGCACGCGGCACAAGCGGCGGCGAGGGAGGCAGACCGCGACGAGGUCGACGAGAUCCUCGACUCGGUGUACGAGGAGCCGGAGCUAGAGCCCGAGGAGCCGGAGGUAGAGCCCGAGCUCGGGAAGGGGCGGCGCAAGAAGGUCUUUACGCCCCGCGCCGCGGAGAUUCAGGCGGAGAAGGCUGCAGCCCGUGGAGCUCGAGCCCGUCGCCGGGGGGGCGAGAAGGAGGUCCGCGAGAAGGAGAACCCGGCAAACGCGAGUCUCGACGCAAAGAUCGCUAAGAUCGCGGCGAGGCAGGCCCGCGAGAAGGAGGCCGCGCGGGCUCGUUACUUCGAGUCGUGCGAGAUCGAGAGCGAUUGAGCGGGAGGCGAGGGAGGUUCUUUUUUAGUUUUUAAUUUUAUUUUACACAAGGGAGUGCCUGUGGCUACGCUCACAAUUUAAUAAGAAUCGAAUAUUUUUUGGC